AAACGAAGAAGAAGGAGGAGAAGGAGGAGGAGGAGAAGAAAAGUGAAAAUCUUUGAGAAACGAGGGGUGGGGGAAGAGAGAGAGAGAGAGAGAGAGAGAGAAAUAGACGAUUGGAGAAAAGAAAAAAGAAGAAGUUUUACGAGAAUUAAGUUUAUAAUAUCGCGAAAUGCGAUAACGAAAUCUGUGAUAAGAUUGUGUUUCUCUCUCUCUCUCUCUCUUUUUCUGCUACUCCCACCCUGCCACCCUCCAACCAUCCCUCUCAAACACGUUGACGUUUAAAAGCUCUCUCUCUCUCUCCCCCCCCCCUUUUGCUCUCUCCCUCCCUCUAAGUCUGUCUCUCUCUUAGCACAGUAGCAAUUAAAGUGCUCAAGGAAUUAAUUCGUCAUGACGUUGGUAUUAAUCAAAAGACCAGCUGAAUUUGGAUAAAUGUGAUAUUAUUAGUGGUUGUGGUUUUGGUGGUAGUAGUGGUGGUGGUGGUGGUGGUGGUGAUCGCGAUUAUGUUAUCUACACCUCUGUUAACAAUUUACCGAGUUGAAGAAGAACUACUAUAAUCUAAUCUAAUCUAAUCGAAUAAAAUACAUACAUAUAGUGAGAGUGAGAGAAGAAUAAGAAGAAGUUUUGUAACUUCAUCGAUAUGUUCUGAUAGACGAACGCGGGCGUCGAAGUCUCUCGAGGCUGAGGUGCUCGAAGAUUAGUUGUUUAUUUUAUUUUCCCUCUAUCUAUUAUUUAUCAUUCUCUCUCUUUCUAUAUCUCUUUUUAAUUGAAUUCCCUGUGUUUUUUUUUUUUUAAUUUCCUUCAUAUCGUGUUCUUGUUGUUGCUCUUAUUCUUGUGCUCCUGCAACCCUGGUCGGUCGGUCGGUCGGUUGAUCGCUGUUGUGAUUAACUUAAGUCCUGAACAUGAUCAAUAUGCAGCAAUUGAUCUUAGGACAGCAGCAAGUAUCUGGUAAUAGCGAACAACCUCAAGAAGAGGUUCAAUUGACCGAGCUUUUGCCAGUUAAACAAUCGCGUAUUAGAGAGAACAAUGUUUUCAAAGAUAUCGAUGCUACCGACGCGUUAAAAGCAUUAAGAAGUUUUUCCGGUAGUUGCAAUGACGAGGAACAACAAGAUUACGGAUUGAGGAUUUUUAAGGAUAACGAAAUAAAUGUGGAAGAAGAGAAGAUUGAAAUGAAAAUAAAACGUGUAUGCGGUAUUAAAAGAAAAUUAAACGUUUUGGAUGGUAAUGGUACUACGGAGAAAAAAAUAAAAAAUAAUUCGAAUAAUUAUCGAAACGUUAAUAAUAAUGGUAAAAGAUCUGUGGUAAUGUCUAAGAAGAGAAACGUAGUGAGAAAAAAUACCAAAAAGUUAACGUCCAAUUGUAAUAAAAUGACCGUUAACAAAAUCAACAUCAGUGAUAGUACUAAUGACAAAAUAAUCGAAGAAGAGGAUGAUAAUGAAUUAUCCGUUUUGUACGAGGAAGAAAUUCCAAGUUAUUUGGACUUGGAUAAAACCAAAGACAGUCUUAAUGACGAAGUUUACGUGUUCCGUCGUGAAAGAUCUAAUUCUUGUUCUUUAUCGCAAACUUCUAGCGAAGUUAAUCACGAAAUUACGGACGAAAUGUACCCGGAUGAUUACGAAGGGACCGCCGAAGUAGUCCUGAUAAAUAAAUUCAGGGAUCGUGCAAAGAAUUUAGAUAUUAGUAGGGACGAAUUGAACUCAUCUAUAUCGACAGAUGAGGAAAGAAUAAUACCAAUGACCGAGGAUAAUCAAGAAAAAGAAUUAAGAUUGAAGAUAGACGCGAUUAUCCAGGCAAAUUUGUUGGUAGAAAGGGAGAACAACAACGUCGUUAGUCAAGACAGAACGAAAUUAAUUAAGGAAAAGAAUUCGUCUAGAUCAUCGCAAUCGUCACUGUCACCAUCAUCACCAGCAUCAUCCCAAGUAUCGACAAUAGUAACUGGCGAUAUUCGGAAUAGUUCAAAUUUCAGCGACGAUGAUAUUAAAAGAUUGGACGAGGACGUUGGCAACGAAUAUCAUAAUCAAAAUGAUUCAUUAGAGAAGAAAUAUUGUUGUGUAGUUUGCGAUGCACGUUUUAAGGGUAGCGGUGGCCUGAGAAAUCACUUCAAGGUAGUUCACGGUGCCGGGCCAGUUUUCAAAUGUGACGAGUGCGGCAAGGAGUUUCCAUUGAAGGAACGUUUAAAGCUGCACGUUCGAACCCAUACCGGUUUUAAACCUUACAAAUGUCCGGAAUGCGAGAAGAGCUUUGCUAGGGGUGGCCAAUUGGUUCAACAUCGUCGUACCCAUAGCCAGGUAAAACCCUAUCAUUGCGGCCUUUGCUCGGGUACUUUCACUUGUGCGGCAAAUCUCGCGUUGCACGUUAAACGACACAACGGUCAAAAGGAUCAUAAAUGUGAAAUAUGUGGCAGGGGUUUCGUUAGGCGUGACGCUUUGAAGAAACACUUGGAGUGUCUGCACCGUGACGUUAAAUCGUUCCUAUGCGUUAUCUGUAAUAAAACUUUCAAAGGACAUUUACCGCAGCAUAUGAGGACUCAUGCGCGCGACAGACCACACGGUUGUGCCACUUGCGGUCAAAGAUUUGCCCAAAAAUCUCAAUUAACUGUCCACCAACGUACGCAUUCGGGACAAAGACCGUUCCGAUGUUUGGUAUGUUGGCAAGCCUUCGCACAUUCCACCGCAUUGAAAUUGCACACGAGAAGGCACACAGGGGAAAGACCGUUCAAGUGUGUCGAAUGUAACGCCGGUUUUACCCAAUUACCGCAUUGGAAAAAACAUAUGAAAUGUAUACACGGUAGAAGCGAACCGUACGGUUGCAAACGUUGCAAAAGUUUUUUCCGAAUUAAAAGUGACCUAGAGAGUCAUGAGAAAUCGUGUCACCCAGAACUCGAUGGGGGCCCUGAUAUCGAAGGUUCUUCCUCGAAUUCAUUUGGUGCAGUUUCCUCUAACGAUUCCAACGAUAAAGUUACCAAUACUACCAAAUACAAAACUAUGACAGUAGAAAGGAUGCGUCUGUUAUUGGCCGUACUAUUGAAGAGGAUCAGCAAACAAGAAAGAUUAGAUGAGUUGGGCUUCGGUAAACGUCUUAUCGACAAAGUCCUACAGGAUUCUCUGAUAUCUGCUGGGAAGGAUCCUGCAACCGGUAAAGGUCUAACAGAAUUAGAAAUUCUUACCAAAAAUCUCGAAACUUUUCUCGAGUGGACAGUACCGAAGGAACAUUGGGAAAAUUUUCGUAGAAUGAAAAAAAGUCCCGAAGACAUCUUGGAAACUCUCACGGCUACGUAAAAGGUGAUCGACGAGUGAGAUUAUACUUCCACAAAAAAAUUAUUAUUCUUUCUUUUUCUUCAUCUCCCAUAGCAUAUUUCCAACAGUCCAACCUAGAACGAAACAACCAAACAAAUUAUUUUAUACGACUAAAAUUAUUUUAAUAUGCGUUUCUUUUUUUCUCAAGCCGUUUGAUCAAAAACACAUCCCACCGUACAACAAAUUUUUAUCUAUUUAAUUAACAUAUAAGUUUUCAUUUUUUAUUUAUUCGAUCUUCUAUCAGAAUGUUAGUUUUUUUUUUUUCGUACAAAUAUAGUACACACACACACACACACACAAACAAAUCUUAUCUUCAGCGUUGACAAACGACUGCUGAUCGCUGAUUAAACUUUAUCAUUUUAUAUUUUAAUUGCAACCAUUCCUCGAACUUUUACCACCCCCUCGUGGUCAUAUCAUACCCUUCAGUAACAACACAACACAACAGCAACAACAACGGCAGUAGCAACAGUAAUUCAUAUUUUUAUACGUAGAAUUGUGAACGAGAGAAUGAUCAAUUAGGAGAAGUAUAUACCGACUGAUUUCAUGUACUUCGAAUAAAAAUAUAUAGAUCGUUAUCAAUCAAUCUCGUUCUCGCGAUUAGCACAAUAUGGUGAUAGUUUCGUUAAAUUUUCCAAACUAAACCAAACCAAACAAAACCAAAGCUAAGACGAAAAAGAAUAAAAAAAAA